CCACCUGCAGAAUUCACACCAACACCUCCUACGCCUCGUUGCACUCUCUGUUGACGGCCAGCAACACGUUUGUUCCAUGAUGGAGGCAGAAAGAUGAAAACGUGGCAGAGCUGUUUCCACAUAACUAGUUCCAGGUCUGGGAUCUGCUUCAGGCUAAUAUGCAGUGAGGACUGUGCGGGACCAGGCUGGUGCUGACCGAAGCCCUGUGGCAGUCUCUGCACAAGCCGGCCAGGAUGGACCAACAAGAGCGAGCUCCCGGAGCUGCUGGGCGGCUUCACUGCACGAACAGCACCCCCUGGAGUUGUGAGCAGCAGAUGAGAAGACUGAGGCACAGAGAAGCUCAGUGGCCUGAGUCCAUGCGGCUAAUAACUGGUGAACUUUAGAGCUUCACUCCCAGAAUCUGCUGUGAAAGCCGCCAGAGCUAGUUCUGCCGUGAGCGCUCAGGGCGGCCCGUGGGCAGGUCCCCGGACAGUGUGCUGAGAACAAAGCCGGAGUGAGGACACUGCCCAAUGCUGUGCGUAUCAAAAAGGAGGAGCCCUCACUCUGGGAGGAAAACAGCUACAAUUCUACUUGGGAGAGUCAGCAAUGUUUUCAACAGGGUGCCAGAGAUAACCUUGGGGCAUGUUGGCAAAGCCCAGUGGGAAGAAGACACCUCGUUGAAGGUCACAUUUAGCCUUUAAAAAAAAAAAAUUGUUCAUCCUAGGUAAACCCUAGAGCUUCAUUUAUGUAAAAGUAGGUUACCCAGUAGGUGUUGGGGCUGACAAUGGUUUUUAAAUCUUAUUAAUCAUCGCUGGAAUGAAACCAGCAUGAUUCAAAGAGAAAAGAGCGUCUGGAACAUUUAUUAAUCCCCGAGCCCUUUUCUAUCUGUACUGAAAGAUUGCUGGCUGAAUGUAAUUGUUUCUUUUUAAAUGACUGGCAGUGCUGCUAAGUGUAUUUACGUUGUCACUGAGUGAUCACAACUGCAUUCAUAAAGAUUUCAGACCAGAUCAAAAAGUACAAGCCUAUUGCAGUGCAUGCUCCCAAGACUCGUGGUCUAACAUGUACUAGGAUUUAGAAAGAAAAUGCAAAACCCAACAAAUUGAAAAUUCCUUUGUGUUUAACUCUUGUGCUUAUCAUAAAGUCACAGAAAUUUGAGAACCAGAAAGGGUCUUUGUAAACACAGGUGUGGGAGCACAGGCAAGGAUGCCCAGUCGCCUGAGUUCUGAACUUGCCUCUGAGACGUAAUAGACGGGUAACAUCAAGCAAGUUAUUCAACUUCCUGGAGACUCAGCCUCCCUCCUGUGUGAAAGAGCCGUAAGCACAGUAGCCAGUCACAGGGUUCUGGGAGUUACGAGUAAACAGCUAAUGUAUGUAUGUUGCACAAAGAAGGGACUCGAUACUUGCUAGCUGUGGAUCCCUAGUCCAGUAAUUGUGGUUCACAGGUGAAGGAGCUGCAAUGAAGAGACUUGUCUGGUCCCACCACUAAGUGGUGACAGAGCCACAGCUGGAGCUCAGGGGCUGUGCUCGCAUCACUUCCCCCUUCGCCUCGACUUCUGCUUUAUCCUUUGGACUUUCAAAUACUGAUUUCCACAGUCUUAGUACACAGUUGUUAUGGACCCACGUCCAGGCCAACACAAACACCUACAGACCAGGAAAACACAGCCCAUAUUUUAAUAACUUAAAAAUUACGAAAUUGACCAAACUGUAAUAAGUUUGUAUCCCAGGAGACCAGGAACUGGCUGAGUGAAUCAUUUUCCUUUAAACCUUAACCUCAUGUACAAGGCUUCAAACGGGCUUGCUUGACGUCCGAACCUUGUCUGCCUGUUUUCUUUCAGGUUGUCUCCCUCUGGUGGAUUAAAAAAAUAUACUGGCUGCCAUUUCCAGAAUAACGGGAUUAUCUGGGAUAGGUUUUGCUCAUGUGCUGUCGGCCUGGUACAUGCUGUGGAGCUUCUAGAAAACCAUCUUGCCUGUGAGGAGGCUCCGAUUCACCCGGGCAGAAGCAGGCUGAGGGCCUCUGCUCCCUGACGCCUGUGUGAGCACCAAGGUGUAUUCAGAGAACUACAAGUGGCUUGAGAUGGCUGAGGAGAAAGCACAAGAGCUUAGGGGCGAAAGGCUGUGGCAAGGGAUGAAGUAGAAAAGUUAGCCGGGACCACAGUACAGGAGACCCCUGUCAUCAGGGAUCCAGGCUCCUUCUAAUUGCUAUUCCUCCAUCCCUAGGGUGUGGCCUUUAUCCUCAUGGUCCAGAAUGGCUGCCUGAGCUCCAGCCAUCAUAUGCAUUUAUCCAAUUGGACACCUAUCUACCGGCACUUCAAACGCAGUUUUCCCAGAAAAUACACUGACUUUUACCCCCACAGCCAGUUCUCCCCUUCGGUUCUCUAGCUCCCCAUUUCCCUGGAAGAAAGAAACUGAGCAGGUGGCAUAGGGGAUGGAGCUGAGGAGAGAGGGAAUUCAGAAAACAAUGCAAGAGCUGUUUAAAAUGCAGUGCUGACCUGUCAUGCUAAAGGCUGCAGACAGAUCGAGUCCUACGAGGUCUGAAGGUCGGCCCGUUAGAGCUGCCAAUAGGUUACUGGUGACUUCGGCGAGGGGGUGUAUCUGCAAUGGUUUGGAGAGCAGGCCCAUUUGAUGUGGAAGUGCAUGGGCUAGAAUUGCACCUCUUACUAUUUUGAUAACGGUAAUGGUGGGGGUAGCAGUGAGGUGGCAUUGAACUGAGAAGUGAGGGGCGGGGUAAGGAGUAGAGCAAGUCCCACGAGAGGUGUGUCCUGUGCUUGUCCCUCUUGUGGCCGACCCAGCCACUUCCCUCGAGGUUAGGCUCCAUAGGAAAGAGCUGAGGACCUCUCUGCUGUGCUCCUGGUAAAAGUCCCACUGCUUUUACCCUAUUUGCACCUUUUUUUCUCCUUUUUCAGCUCCAUUGCUGUGUUUACUGGAAAUCUGACUGUUUGGGGUCUUUAUGGCCCCUGCUUUCCCCUCAUUUUUGUCAAGUCUCAACUUCUCAGCAUGUUCUCGAGGACACGGUCUGUGUGCUCCCUCUGGCUUCUCCCUCUGGCCUCCACCACUUUCAGCUGCUCAGGCCCACAGCCCUGACAGAGGUGGCCUCUCAGCCCUGCACCUGCUGAGCCCUCUCUGAGAGAGCCUGGACUAAAGAGGGGUGGAGAGAGAAAACAGGAGCCAGAGGCAACACGAGGGGUGGGGUGGGGCAUCAGCGUUUUUUUCAGAUGGCAGAGAUGGUGAAGAUGGAGGGACGACGGCCACUUUGAUGUAGGAGGCCCCUGGGAAGAUGGACAAGCUGCAUCCAGGAUACCGUGUGGGACUGGCCCUAAGAGGCACACCUGUUCCUCUGAGGCCAGCGCGAAACGAAGGAUUCGAUAAAGGUCCCCCGCCCGGCCCAGAACCCCGCCAAGGGCCGGUCGGGUCUCAUCCUUAGAGUCUCAGCGUCCCAACCACCGGCGCUUCCGGGGGGCCGAGAGGAAACGCAGGCGCGGCGCCCGACGCGGCGUCCAACAGCCAAUCAGAAGGCGGCGCCCGACGCGACGUCCAGCAGCCAAUCAGAAGGCGGGGCGCCCAUUCAAAUUGUGGGCACCUGGGAGCCGGCGUUGCAGAUAUUUUUGGAAACUGAUAGGCUGGAAAUCAAAUGAACAUCCAAAGAAGGGCUUGGGUUCUUCAGCAACAUCCUUAGUGAAAAAAGCGAGCUGCCACGAUGUCAGUCCACACUGCACACAGCAGAAAUAACAGCGACGGGCUCCGUCUUCCUUCUUCCCCAAAGAGUUUGUCACUGGACACCCUCAGUCACGGGAGCAGCCUGAAGCUGAAUUUGAAGUUGGAGAUGUCAGAAUGUGCAAGUGAUGGUCCACUGCUGAGACCUGCAGGUCCAGUCAGAGACAUAAAUAGCACUUACGUUAUUUCCGCCUGUGACAAAUCAGGCGCUGCACCGGCUACCUCUCACCCUGUAGGCACAUUGGCCCUUCAGAGAAGAGUUACAAGGAGCAAAGAACCGUCGUUGCUUGGUAGCGAGUUGGGAGAUGCAACUGAAAAGAUGCCAGAAACACGUCUUACAUUACAGCGUCGUGCUAGAACAGGUUCUGUGGACAAGUGGAAAACAGCUGGGACAGGUUCUGUGGANAAGUGGAAAACAGCUGGGACAGGUUCUGUGGACAAGUGGAAAACAGCACAGAACCUGGGAGGCGCAACAGAAAGUAGUUAUGCUUCACAGGAAACCAGUACACAUGUAAAGAUUGUGAAUAAUGAGAAAAACUCUUUUGUUGCAUCGUCUGUACCCUUAGCUGAAGACCCAAGAGACACUGAAAUAAGGGCUGAUGAAAAAUACAAAGAAACGUUUUCUACUGUCAGUGGGGCAGGUGACAACGUGUCACUUAAGUACUUAAGUCAUAGAGCACCUGUCGGUCCCCAGAGUCAUACUGCAGUUGUUAGGUCAGGUUGCUUGGCAACGAAACCCACUCCGGGCACGCUGGGUAUCAAAGUGUCAGGAAUAGAAAACCUACAUCAUCGAAAUAUUGGGAAGGACAGUGCAAAAAACUCAAAUAAGUUUGGAAGCUUAGAAAAAAGAACACCUACAAAAUGUGCUGCAGCACACAAAUUGACACCCAAGUGUGUGCCUCAGCUUACAAGCCCAGCUGCAUCCAUGCUGAAAAACAGGGUGCCCAGCUUUCAAGCUAAACAAAAGCCAAAAAGUUCCCUUCACACAGUGCAAAGGGACAUGUCACAAGAGCUUACCCUCCCUCCUGAGGAAGAAACUGCAGGUCUGAACGCGUCCACACAGAGAGACCCCUUAAAAGUAGAGAAUAGUCAAGUGACAGUGGCCGUACGCAUAAGGCCUUUCAGCAAAAGAGAGAAGGUAGAGAACGCAUCCCAGGUGGUCUUCAUGAACGGGGAAGAAAUAGUAGUGAGACAUCCUGACAUGAAACACGUUUACAGUUUCAUUUACGAUGUUUUGUUCUGGUCGUUUGAUGAGUGUCACCCACAGCACGCCAGCCAGACCCGGGUCUAUGAGACCCUGGCGGCGCCGCUCCUAGCACGAGCCUUCGAAGGCUACAACACCUGUCUCUUCGCUUAUGGCCAGACCGGCUCUGGAAAAUCAUACACGAUGAUGGGAUAUGGUGAAGAACCGGGAAUAAUUCCGAGAUUUUGUGGAGAUCUUUUUGCUCAAGUAGCCAAAAAACAAACCCAAGAGGUCCGCUAUCACCUUGAAAUGAGCUUCUUUGAAGUGUAUAAUGAAAAAAUUCAUGACCUUCUUGUUUGCAAAGGUGAAAAUGGGCAGAGAAAGCAACCACUAAGAGUGAGGGAGCACCCUGUUUCUGGACCGUACGUGGAGGCCCUGUCGAUGAAUGUUGUCAGUUCUUACUCUGAUAUCCAGAGCUGGCUGGACUUGGGGAGCAAGCAGAGAGCCACCGCUGCCACCGGCAUGAAUGAUAAAAGCUCCCGAUCUCACUCGGUUUUCACCCUGCUGAUGACGCAGACCAAGACGGAGUUUGUGGAUGGGGAGGAGCAUGACCACAGAGUCACUAGCCGCAUAAACCUCAUCGACCUGGCGGGCAGCGAGCGCUGCGGCUCCACUCAGACCCAGGGGGAGCAGCUGAAGGAAGGCGUGAGCAUCAACAGGUCCCUGCUGACCUUGGGCAAGGUCAUAUCCGCGCUGUCUGAACAAGCAAACCAAAGGAGGGUGUUUAUUCCUUACCGCGAGUCGGUUCUCACAUGGCUGUUAAAAGAAAGCCUCGGUGGAAAUUCAAAAACUGCAAUGAUUGCUACCGUCAGUCCCGCCGCCAGCAACGUAGAGGAGACGCUGAGCACGCUGAGAUACGCUAAGCAAGCCCGGAAGAUAGUCAACGUCGCCAAAGUCAACGAAGACGUAAAUGCUAAGCUGAUCAGAGAGUUGAAAGCAGAAAUUGAAAAGCUAAAAGCUGCUCAAAGAAGCCGUCAGAAUAUUGACCCCGAGCAAUAUCGGCUCUGUCGACAAGAAAUAACAUCCUUAAGAAUGAAACUGCACCAACAGGAGAGAGACAUGGCGGAAAUGCAAAGAGCAUGGAAAGAAAAAUUUGAACAAGCUGAAAAAAGAAAACUUCAAGAAAUAAAGGAGUUACAGAAAGCAGGAAUCACAUUUCAGACGGACCACCACCUGCCCCACCUUGUGAACCUCAGCGAAGACCCUCAGCUGUCGGAGAUGCUGCUCUACGUGGUGAAAGAGGGAACGACAACCGUUGGCAAGCGUGGCCCAGGCGCCAGCCACGACAUCCAGUUGUCCGGGGUGCUGGUGGCCGACGACCACUGGUAUGUGGGACUUGGGAAAGAAAAAGGCGCCUGUCGGCUCAGGAGGCUGCAUGUCCCGAUGACGUGUGACUUCCUUCCCAUGAGCACGCCUUUACACUGGUUCUGUGGGCUCUUCACGUGCGCCGUUUACCAGGAAACACAGACAUUCUCUGGGUUUUGUAAGGAUGACACGGGGCACCAAGUAGAAACGCUGUCGUUCCAGACAAAUUGGAGCUCCAUGAAACUCUCAAUGAUGAUUCAGGAAGCCAAUGCCAUCAGCAACAAAUGUAAAAGAUACUAUGUUUUUGGCAGACAAGAUGCGUCUGAUGGGGGAAGUGGCGCUGACACGUGCGUCCGGGUGAGGAACCUGCGGCUGGGCAUCGCCACCGCUUGGAGCCUGGAAAAGUUUGAAUCUAAGCUUGCAGCUAUGAAGGAACUGUAUGAGGGUGACCGGGUGGUUCUUGGCGGAGACCAUUACUUUAGAUUUCAUCACCCAGCGGAAGUCCAGAGAGGGACGAGACCGGCCGGCGGAGAUGUGCUUCCGAGCGAGGGUCCAAAGGACUUCGAAUUUGCCAAGAACGAGUUGCUCACGGCGCAGAGGUCACAGCUGGAAGCAGAAAUCAAAGAGGCGCAGCUGAGAGCAAAGCAAGAAAUGUUACACGGCAUCCAGAUUGCGAGAGAAAUGGCUCAGCAGGAACUCUCCUCUCAGAAAGCUGCAUACGAGAGCCGGAUAGAAGUGCUGGAGGCAGAGCUGAAAGAAGAGUCUCAAAGGAAGAAAAUGCAGGAAAUGAAUAACCAAAAAGCUAAUCACAGAAUUGAGGAGCUAGAAAAGACGAAGCAGCGCCUUGAACAGGAAAUAUACGUCAACAAGAAGCGCUUAGAAGUGGAGACGUUGGCUGCGAAGCAGCGGGGGCCGCCUGCCCGAGGGACCCCUGAGGGCCGGGGCUCAGGCACCGACCCCAUCACCGCUGAGGGCACAGCACCCCCUGGGCCACCCACGUUCACCAGGUUCCCGGACUGA